AUUCCCCUCCAUCUCUGCCUCUCUUCUCUCGUAUCUCGGCCAUGUCCGUGACAUUCAUAGCCCUGCACUCUACACAAUGUCGGCCGACACGAAAGUCAACGAAGCUUCACCGCCAGCCAUAACCGAGCACGUCAGCGACAGCGAAGCCCAGAGCGGAGACAUCAUCAAUGCUUCCGGCCACGUACAAGAGCUCCGUCGCCAAUUCUCCUUGCUCUCGUUAGCAGGCGUCGGGUUAGUAGUAGGUGAUGUGUGGCCGGCCCUCGGCGGCUCCAUCCUCGUUGCGCUGUAUAAUGGUGGUCCACCAGGUGUAUUAUACGAAUUCAUUGUCGUCUCUAUCUUUUACUGGAUCGUCGCUGCCAGCAUCGCCGAGCUCGCGUCUGCCAUUCCGUCCAGCGCAGGCGUUUAUCAUUGGGCUUCAAUCACCCCUGGACCGAAAUGGGGUCGUGUUGUAGGCUUCUUUGCUGGCUAUUGGAAUUGGCUGGCGUGGGUCUGGGGGGAGGCGUCGUUCACUUUGAUCUUUGCAAAUACGAUUGUUCAGAUGUACGCACUCAACCACCCUGGCUUCCAAGUGCAGCCGUGGCAGGUUUUCGUCACAUAUGUCAUUGCAACAUGGUCCGCUUGCGCCAUCGUCUGCACAUGUAACCGUGCGAUGCCCUACCUCAACCAAGUCGGCAUCUUUUUCGUGCUUGGGGGCUAUCUCAUCACCGUCGUUGUAGUCGCAGUAAUGCCCGGCCGCAACGGCCGCCCACCACACGCCACCUCCUCCUUCGUCUGGACGGAAUGGCGCGGCAGCGGCCUCGGCUACCCCUCCGGCUUUGUCUUCGUCGCAGGAAUGCUGAACGGCGCCUUCAGCGUCGGUACCCCAGACGCCACCACGCACUUGGCGGAAGAGGUGCCGUACCCUCAGCGCAACGUGCCCAUCGCCAUCGGCUUGCAAAUGGCCAUCGGCUUCCUCACAGGCUUUACUUACUUAAUCGCCAUCUUCUACGCGAUUCACGACUUUGACGCCCUUUUCGGCUCGCCGUAUCCGAUUGCGGAAAUCUACCGGCAGGCUACUGGCUCCGCGGCGGGGGCGACAGGUCUGCUCGCUCUCGUGCUCAUCUGCAUUGGAAUUGCCAUUGUCGGGCUCUACAUUACGUGCGGCCGGACGCUGUGGGCUCUCAGCCGCGACGGCGCAACGCCAUUCCCCAAGUUCCUCUCGCGCGUCUCCCCGCGCUUCGACAUGCCACUCAACGCCACGGUGGUGAACGCAAUUAUCGUGACAGCUCUGGGCGCCAUUUACGUGGGCAGCACAACGGCCUUCAACGCCUUUGUGGGCUCCUACAUCGUCAUGUCCAGCUCCUCUUACAUUGCCGCUAUCCUGCCGAAUCUGCUCACCGGCCGGAAGAACAUCGAAGUCUACGGCCCAUUCCACCUGCAAGGCGCGCUGGGCUUCCUCAUGAACGGUAUCGCAUGCUCGUAUAUGAUCGUCUGGUUCGUCAUCUAUUGCUUUCCGUACUCGCUGCCCACCGAUGCGCAGACGUUCAAUUACGCGUGCGUGCUGUGGUGCGGCUUUACGAUUUUCAUCGCUGCAUGGUGGUUUAUCGGCGCGCGGAAGGAUUACCGGGGCCCGCCGAUUGUGAGGCGGGGUGGGCGGGUGGUUGUUGCGGACACUGUGAAGGCGAUACAGGCGGAGACGAGGUGAUUCCUGGGCCAG